ACUGUAAAGUCGUUUUAUGUAAAAAAAAAAUAUAUUCUCCAACGUGAAAUUUUUUUAUUUGAAUUGAAUUUAUGGCGACCACAACUGAAACUUAUAAUGACGAUGAAUUGACACCGCCAGAAUUUCUAACUAUUGAAUUUCUGACAGAGGUGAUCAAACAUUGUGAAGCUGAUGAGAAUAUAGUAGUGACAGACUUGAAACUUACACCAGGUACAGCCAAAGGUGAUCACUAUGCAAGUGUUAUGUUUAGAGCUGUGGUAGAAUAUAAGCAGAAGGGAGAGACGAAAAAAAAGUCAAUGAUUAUUAAAACAACGCCCGAUGCCGACGGCGUUAAAAAAGAUAUGUUAGAACAAACAACUGUCUUUGAAGUGGAAAUUGGCAUGUACACUAAAGUUUUGGAUAAAUUUGAGGAGAUACUGCGAAGUAUUGGAGAUGAUACAGUAUUAAAAGCUAAAUGUUUGUAUCAUAGCUUGAGCCCCAAAAAAGUAAUCAUUUUUGAAGAUCUUGUAACUUUGGGUUACGAAGUAGUGCGAAAACGCCCUCUUGAUAUUAAUGAAUUAAAAGCAGUUUAUUCAAAGUUAGCAAAAUGGCAUGCGCUGAGUUGUAAAAUUGGAUUCGAGGACCCUUCCUACUUCGACGAAUAUCGCAAUGGUAUUUUCUCUGCAACACUGGCACUUGAAAACGACUUUUUCAAAGAUAGUGUAAAAAACUUUAUAGAAGUACUUAAAUCUAAUCCAAAACUGACACAGUAUGUACCAUACUUCCAAGCAUUGGAUAAAGACGUUCUACGCAAAUGCAAAGACACCUAUAAUGAGUACCGCAACAAUCCACAAGAAAGCGCUUUCUAUGUUUUAUGUCACGGAGACUUUCACAACAAAAAUUUGAUGCUCAAACACAAUACCAAAACCGGCAGUUUGGAGGAUGUUAUGUUGCUGGACUUUCAGUUUUGUUAUUUUGGACCAAUCGCCAAUGAUUUGUUGUAUUCAUACUAUAUGCUUCUGAAUGCUGAGCAACGUCAAAAUAAUUAUAAUGAAUUGCUUUAUCAUUAUUACAAGGAAUUUGUUCAAGUUUUGAAAAAAGUGGACUUUAAGGGACCCAAACUUACACUGGCUGCAUUAAAGGAACAAAUUUAUAGUCAUAAGCAUUUUGAACUUUUCUUGAUGGUCGCUUUCUUGCCGAUGUGGUACAAAUUCCAAAAAGGCAGCCUGGAUGCUGGUGAUUUAAUGGUUUCAGCUGAAGUACGUGCAAAUAUGCUUCAAAAUGAUGACUAUCUUAAAGAAAUUGAAAUACUUCUGCCACGAUAUUUACAUUUAGGUUAUUUUGAAGAUUUGACAGACGAUGCUAAAAAUGAUUAACUGCUUUUGAUAAUGUACUUUUAUAUAGAAGCAUAUUUAUAAGUACACCUUUAUAAGUAUUAUAUAUAGUAGUAGUUCAACUUCAAUACUUAUUUAGUGAAAGAUUUUAUUUAAUUGUAAUUUAACGUUAGUUAUGACGGUAAUUACUUAAUGACAGUAGAAACUAUUGUAUUUGUUAGAGAGGUUUCAAAAAGUAGUAAACCACAUAUAUUUUAUAAAAUAUACAUUACACAUAUAUGUGUCAAGUACCUGCAACUGCCAAAAUUUAUAUGUAAUUAAUAUAAGGCGUGAAAUAUAAUUAAUGCUAUAUAAACUUAUAUAUAUCUAUAAAUUAAUAUAUGGAUGUUAAUAAUAGGCUUAGAAGUAAGUAUCUAUUGUACCUAUUAUAAAUUUAAAUAAAUUUGAA